AUGGGCGCAAUCAAGAAUAAGCAAGUUUCAGUAUUAGAAAUAUCCGAAUUUUUUCUUUCUUUAGACCCGAAGAGAGAAUAUUUUGUCAAAGAUAAAAUGAUAAAAGUGGAGGGGAAUUCGGUGCCAACUGUUGGCAACCUUCGUCUUAAUAAAUUAUUACAAAUUACUCAAAUGCUUUAUGCGGCCAAAGAAGGAAGAUAUUUAUUUCCGGAAAAGUUUUUAGCUUUUGAACAUGGCGGAAUAAUUUAUGAUAUUUACCAUCAGUUUCAUUUUCUGGUUGUUCCUCACAGAUCCACCUCAACUAAGAAUUUAAAUUCUAACUUAAAAACCUUUCUAACUAAAAUUUUUGGCUACUUCAAAACUUAUACUAAUCAGCAAUUAGAGGAUUUUGAAGAAGAUAAUCUUUUUCUUUUUCGUCUGUUGACAAUUACUUCCCAAAAUGAAGAAGAAAUUAAAGAGGAAGAAAAACAAUUUAUCUCUCAGUAUGAAAUUCGUAAAUUACCUGAUUGCUUAAAAAUUGAUCCUUCUUUUGUUAGAAUACAUCGCCAUCACGAAGAUUAUCGUAAUGAUAAGUUGAAUGCCUCAAAAUUACGUGAACCUAUUGAAGUCGAGAUAGAUUAA